UCGUCCCAGGUUCGACUGGGACACGGUGUGUGUGUGUGUGUGUGUGCCAUGAAUUUCUCCACCGAGCACGCGUUGCACGCGCCAUGGAACGAAUCAUCAUCCGCGGCAGACGACGAAAUUCUGAUCUGCGACGGUGCGUCCACGAUCAUCCCGGAAGGAAUUGCGAGCGCCCAGUUCCAGGUGGUCGUGUGGCUGGCGUACACCGCCAUCCUUGCCGCCUCGCUCGUGGGCAACUGUUCCGUGCUGGCGAUCGUCGCCAGCCAGCCGCGGAUGCGCACCGUCACCAACCUGUUCCUCGCCAACCUGGCGCUCGGCGACCUGCUGAUGACGCUGUUCUGCGUGCCGUUCUCGUCCGUGUCGCUGUUCGUGCUGCAGUACUGGCCGUUCGGGGCGGCCCUCUGCCAGACGGUCAACUACUUCCAGGCCGUGUCGGUGCUCGUGUCCGCCUACACGCUCGUGGCGCUCAGCGCCGACCGGUACCGGGCGAUCAUGUGGCCGCUGCGGUCCCGCCGGCGGCCGCCACGCCGCCCCGUAGCCCUGCUGCUCAUCGGGCUGGUGUGGGUGGGUGCGGCCGCCACCGCGCUGCCCAUCCCGCUGCACUCCGCGCUGGUGCAGCCGAGCGCCUGGCAUGCCCACUGCGGCCAGGCCGUCUGUACCGAGGUGUGGCCCGAUGCGACCGCCGACCGGGCCUACUCGCUGACGCUUGCGCUGGCGCAGUUCGCGCUGCCGCUCGCGACGCUCGUGUACACGUACGCCUGCAUCGGGUGGCGCGUGUGGGCCCGCAGCACCAACCGCACCAGCCUGGUGCCGCCGUCCUCCACCUCGGGGCGCCAGUUCCGCCGGGCCCGCCGGCGCACCGUCCAGAUGACGCUCGCCGUGGUCGCCGCGUUCGUCGUCUGCUGGCUGCCGUUCAAUGCGCUGCUGCUCGCCCCGCUGGACGACCCGAGCUGGGCGCCGCUGCCGUACCUGUGGUUCGCCUGCCACUGGCUCGCCAUGUCACACUGCUGCCUGAAUCCGCUCAUCUACUGCUACAUGAACGCAAAGUUUCGGGCCGGCUUUCGGGCGCUGCUGCUGCGCCCGCUGAUGCGGGCGGUGGUGUGCAGAAGGGGACGCACCACCACCACUACCUGCGGCUGCUGCCUGCGUCACCGGGCCAGCAUGACGGUCAGCAGCGAACGGUUGCCGGUUGGAGGAGGAAGGUGUUGUGCAGCAGCAGCAGUGGAAAACGUCGAGCUGACGACGACCCACAGCAGAAAGAUUGAAUCCGUGACGGAGGAGGAGCAUUUAUAGGGUUUUUUUUUUGGUUGACUGUAGUAGUGAGUGGUUCAAUACAACAA